GGGAGGGUUUAUCAAGGCUGUUGUUGAGGAGGAUGAGUUGACUUCGUCGCAAGAAAACUCAGAUGACGAGGAUGAUGAGGAGGGUGAGAGGAAGAGGACGAGGCCACGGCAGACGUUCAUGACCCCACGUCUGAAUAUUCUGAGGCAUUGUCCUUUCUUCAUUCCGUUCGAUGUAAGAGUGCAAAUCUUUCGGGAGUUUGUGUACUUGGAUCGGAAGAAGGUCGGGUUGCUCGAUAACUACUUUCAUCCGCAUCGCCAGAGAGCCGAUAUCCGUCGUGACCGAGUAUUCGAGGACGCUUUUAACCAGAUCGGGAGUAUGGGGCCUCGGUUGAAGGGUCCGUUGAGUGUCACGUUCUUCGAUUCGUAUGGGAUGGCCGAGGCUGGGAUUGAUGGGGGUGGUGUGACGAAGGAGUUCUUGACUGCUGUUUGUCGACAGGCGUUUGACGCGAACUACGGGCUCUUCAAGGAGACGAAGGAGAACCUUUUAUACCCAAAUCCGCAUGCGUUUUCGAGAGAGAAGACGCAGUUGGCGUAUUAUGAGUUCCUGGGGAAGAUCAUCGGGAAGUGUCUCUAUGAAGGGAUUUUAGUCGAUGUUGCGUUUGCGCCCUUCUUUUUGCUGAAGUUGGUUGGGCGGUCGAGUUAUCUGGAUGAUUUGCCUGGGCUGGAUCCGGAGCUUUAUCAGGGACUCGUGUUUUUGAAGCAGUAUACGGGUGAUGUGGAAAGUGAUUUGGCCCUCAACUUCACGGUGACGAAUAACGAUAUGGGAGCAGCGAAGCAGGUUGAGCUGUUACCUGGAGGAGCCGAUAUUGCUGUUACGAGGGCGAAUAGGUUGCAGUAUAUCUAUCUGGUGUCGAACUACAGGCUCAAUACGCAGCUUGCGCAUCAGAGCAGGGCGUUCGUGAGGGGGUUGAGUGAGAUGGUGGAUAAGAAGUGGUUGGCGAUGUUUGAUCAAGCUGAGCUUCAGACGUUGAUUGGAGGUGCGCCAGUUCCGAUCAACGUUGCGGAUUUGAAGCGGAAUACGGAUUAUGGAGGAUAUCUCGAAAAGGAUGACACGAUCAAGUACUUCUGGGAAGUCAUGGAGGAGUUCGCUGACUGUGAUCGUCGGGAGUUGGUCAAGUUCGUCACGUCUGUUGCGAGGCCACCGUUGCUCGGAUUCAAAGAGCUUAACCCGAAGUUCGGGAUCAGGGAUGCAGGUGGGGAUGAAAGUCGGUUGCCUACGGCGAGUACGUGUGUUAAUUUGCUGAAGCUGCCGAGGUAUAGGAGUAAGCAGGUCUUGAAGGAGAAGAUGCUUUAUGCGAUCAGGAGUGGGGCUGGGUUUGAUUUGUCCUAAGCAGGUGGGAUGGAGGAUAGCUAGGGAUAUUGUUUCUCAGAGCGUGGUUCUUGGGCCUUGGCGUUCAUAUGAUUUACUGUAGG